AUGUCAGGACUACCACCCUCGAUGGAUGAGGAACGGCUCAAAGUAGAUAUUGUCUCUACGGGCUCAGCUCCGCAACCCGCUGCUGACAGCGCUGAUACACGCGUACCCACCUCCUCCAGGCGCUGUUUGAAGCCUACGUCAAUCCAUCGGGAGGUCGUACCCUCGAAGAACUGCUCAAAUCCAAGGACAAGCUCAAAGGUGCCGAGGCACAACGACUACGUGGUCACUUCUCGUCUUACUGUCUCCACCCUGCAGAGUGAGAGCUUCCCUCGUCCCCCACUUCAAGUCCGGCUGAACUGAGUAAUCCCCGUCCUUUCCACACUGCAGCUGUCAAGACCCCAUUUUUGUCGCCAAUCUCAUGACGGGUCGACUCAAGGCCUUGCAGCAACGAUGGGAAGACGAUAUCAAAGAAGCCACAGGCUCGGUCGAAGCAGCUCGCAUCGAAUGGGAAAAUUGUUGGUCCACCUGGAGAAAAGGCGAACACGCCAAAGGCUUCUCUCGUGUUACUGACCGCGAACUCAAUCUCUCCCUCCACCAGUCCGAGACUCGCCCAAUCAACUCCCUAUCGUUGAUAUCCUUCAAAUCGGAGCUUGGACCCAGUUGAGCAAUGUCAAGUCGAUCCCGGAACGAUAUUACGAAUGCCUCGAGUUCCUGACUCGAAAAGUCGGCAUGUCGGUCGAAGGAACGGAUAUAGCCGGGUGCGUGUUAAGAGACAAAACUGUGUCUCCGAAGUCGAGAGCAAUGAACUGAUUAACCUUUUCCUUCGGCCUCUGGAUGACCAUAGCUACACCGCCUUACAACACUCGCUCACGUGCACGCCCCUUUUACACGACUUCAAAUGGUCCUCGUUCCUCCUCCAAGCCUGUCCCGACCCCAUCACCGCCAUCAAUCACCGCAACCGCUACGGCACAACCUCGAUGCACGAAGCCUCCAUGACCCUCAUGCGACCAGGGGAAACUGAAAUUCGGGCCAACGUCCUUCGAUGGCUUUUGGAACACGGCGCGAAUGCCGACGUUUUGGAUGGAGAUCAUUGUUCCCCUCGGUCGACGGGGGGCAGAGUCCCGCAAUUCAAAGAGAUCAUUCAGGAGUUUGAUCAGGUACAGAUCAAGACUGAGGCGUGCGGAUUCUGUAGGAGGGGUGGGUUUGUGGGCAAGGGGAAAGCCAAGGAUGCGAAGUCGGCGUCGGGGGAGGCCAACUUGAAGGAACGCACGCAGGGAGGGGACGAGGAGGCCGUUCCGCUCAAGGCGAAUUUGAGGUGUGGGAGAUGUCGAGCGAGGAAUUACUGCGGUGCGGCGUGUCAGAAAAUGGAUUGGGCGGCGCACAAGAAACAAUGCGUUGCGUUCGCAUCGAAUGCUCCAAGUCAAAGGGAGGUCGAGGCCAAGGCGACAAGCGAGGGCAAGAAGGAAGAGACGACGUCAUAG